AGAUUCUUAUUCUCUCUUUACAUGUCACACUAAACCCAAAAAAAAAAAACUAACUUUUUGGGAUUCCAGAGCUAACAAUGGAUCCCAUAAAGCAAAUCUCUUUACUAGUUCUUCUCUUCUUUCUACUAUUAUCCGGGUCGGAGGGUCAGACUGGAUCCCCCAACCCGAGAAAUGACGAAUAUGCUUACAGCGGCAGUCUUAGUCCAGCUAUGGCUGUUGUCGUUGUAGUAGUCAUCGCAGCUCUCUUCUUUAUGGGCUUCUUCACCGUCUACAUACGCCACUGUACUGGCGUAGUAGACGGCAAUGUUACUCCUACAGGAGGAGCGAGGAGAAGAGUAACAAACGCAACGGUGGCGCGUGGGUUAGACGCGGAGACUAUCGAGACGUUUCCGACUUUUGUCUACUCGGAAGUGAAGACUCAGAAGAUUGGUAAAGGAGCGUUGGAGUGUGCGAUUUGUUUGAAUGAGUUUGAAGACGAUGAAACGCUGCGAUUGUUGCCUAAAUGUGAUCACGUGUUUCAUCCUCAUUGUAUUGGCGCGUGGCUUGAAGGUCACGUGACUUGUCCGGUUUGUCGUACUAAUCUCACCGAACAGAAGAUUGAACCGGUUGAACCGGAAGCGGUGGUGGAAAUUGAUCUUGAAGCGCAGCAGCAAUCGGCGGCUCCUGAACCGGUGGUGGAACUACCACGUGUUAAAUUCUCGAGGUCGCAUACGACGGGUCAUUCGGUGGUUUUACCGGGAGAAAGUACCGACCGGUUUACGCUUAGAGUACCGGAAGAAUUAAGGAAGAAGAUAUUGACGAAUUGGAAAUUGAACCGGUCGAAUAGUGUUUUUGUUCUACCGAGAGGAGGAAGCUCGAGGAGUGGUAAACCGGUUGACCGGUCGAGGGCUAAAUCGGACCGGUGGUUAUUCCGUAAAACUCCGUCGUUUCUGUGGCGGAACCGGGAUGAUGGUUCGAUUAGGCUAGGUGGAACCGGUAGCGUUAGAGGAAAUUCAGUAACAAGUCCGACCGGUGACUCGGUACGAGCAGACCGGUGGGCUUUUCUUAGAAACCCAUCGUUUCUCUGGAGGAAUACGACGCCGGUUCCUUCGCCGAGAGUUGAAGUCAAUAAGGACGGUGAAGGAACAUCGUCGGUUCAACAUACCGGUACAGUUGGUUCAGCUAGCGGUUCCGUUAGAUUACCGGUUUAGUUGGUUUGGUGAUGUUUUUUGCAUUGUUUGUUCAUAAACACGCAAUAGAUUUUACGCAAUUCU